AGGUCAAGCCAUUCCUAUUGGUGGCGUAGAAGGGUAUAGAAGUAUAUAAUUCAUACAUUUUUUCUCUCCACAUUUAACUCUUGUUAUUUGUCAACGCUCGCCGGAGCCGAUUUUCACCGAGCUAAAUUCUCCGGCUUGAGCUUGGAAGAUCUAAUUUCCCUGGCAAAAUCCUCACUCUUCUUUCCUCUAAAUUUCCGGUUAGCAUUUUACUGUAUUUGAGUGGAUUUGGUGCGUGAAAUGCAAUUAAAGGAAUCAUGAAGAACUUAACGAGGAAGGUAGGCAAGUAUGAGGUCGGCCGGACCAUUGGAGAGGGAACUUUCGCCAAGGUUAAGUUUGCACAGAACAGAGAAACAGGAGAGAGUGUAGCCAUGAAAGUUAUGGCAAAAACUACCAUUCUCAAGCAUAAAAUGGUUGAUCAGAUUAAAAGGGAGAUAUCAAUCAUGAAGAUUGUUAGACAUCCUAACAUAGUUAGGUUGCAUGAGGUACUGGCAAGCCGGACAAAGAUAUAUAUUAUUCUUGAGUUCGUUACUGGAGGGGAGCUAUUUGAUAAAAUUGUUCAAAGGAGGCUUUCUGAAAAUGAAGCAAGGCGAUAUUUUCAACAGCUUAUAGAUGCAGUCGCUUAUUGUCAUAGUAAGGGUGUGUAUCACAGAGACUUGAAGCCUGAAAACCUCCUCCUUGAUUCUGUUGGAAAUUUGAAGGUUUCUGACUUUGGACUUAGUGCAUUGCCCCAGAAAGGGGUUGGACUUCUUCAUACCACAUGUGGAACCCCGAAUUAUGUUGCCCCUGAGGUGCUCAGCCACGAGGGUUAUGAUGGGGCAGCUGCUGACGUGUGGUCAUGUGGAGUCAUUCUCUAUGUUCUGAUGGCUGGUUAUCUUCCAUUUGAUGAGGCAGACCUUCCAACAUUAUACAAAAAGAUAAAUGCUGCAGAAUAUAGUUGCCCGCAUUGGUUUUCUCCUGGGGCAAAGGCUUUGAUAGACAAGAUACUUGAUCGUAGCCCUAAAACUCGUAUAGGGAUUGAAGGAAUUAAAAGGGAUCCAUGGUUUCAGAAAUACUAUGUGCCUGUCAAAAAUAACAAAGAGGAGGAAGUGAAUUUGGAUGAUGUUCGUGCAGUUUUUGAUGACAUUGAGGACAAAUAUGUAGCAGAGCAAUCAGAAGAUAAAAGUCAGGGGCGUCCUUUAAUUAUGAAUGCCUUUGAGAUGAUUACCCUGUCCCAGGGGUUGAAUUUAUCAGCAUUGUUUGAUAGGCAACAGGAUUAUGUGAAAAGACAAACCCGUUUUGUAUCCCGCAAACCAGCAAAUGUUAUAAUUUCAUCUAUUGAAGCUGUUGCAGAAUCAAUGAAUCUCAAGGUUCAUACACGAAAUUACAAGACAAGACUAGAAGGAAUCUCCGCUAAUAAAGCUGGACCAUUUGCAGUUGUCCUGGAGGUCUAUGAAGUUGCACCAUCACUUUUCAUGGUGGAUGUCCGAAAGGCUUCUGGAGAUACUCUUGAAUAUCACAAGUUCUACAAGAACUUCUGUGCUAAAUUAGAACAUAUUAUCUGGAAACCAUCAGAAAAUGUAAUUCCAGUCUGCUUGCAACAAUGAGUUGCUGAUCCACAAAUGUGGAUAUGAAGCUAAUCAGCAAGCAAGGCGCUGAGGGUAGAUAGUCCAACUCGGAAAUAACUUGGCAAACGGGAAUGAGUAGAAUGUAGUAUCUGUGGCAUAUGUUCUGCCUUCUGUAUAUUCUGAUCGGCGCAAAAUAAUAAUUUUGCAAAGCCAGAGAAUAGUCAUAUGCUCCUUCCUAUCAACCCUGCAUUUAGAAGCCAUAUAUAUACAUAUAUGUAAUGCGAAUUCCAAUGUUAAGAUGGUAAUAAUAAUAAUAAAAAAAAAGGAUGUAAUACUUAGAUUCCUUGUCGUUUAGAAAUUUUUGCACUUCAUCUA